GAUGCAGCCGACACCGGGCCGGAGAGAUGGGGCGUCCCCGAAUGCCAACGCACCCCCGGAGGGGCCCUUCCCCUGGGUGGGCCCAAAGACGGUGGUGCUGCGGAAGAGCUCGCAGGGGGGGUUCGGCUUCACCCUCCGCCACUUCAUCGUCUACCCCCCGGAGUCGGCGGUGCACUCCACCGCCAAGGAGGAGGAGAACGGGAACCGAGCAGGUCCCCCCCGGAGCCGCCUGGAGCCCAUGGACACCAUCUUCGUGAAGAACGUGCGGGAGGACGGGCCGGCACACCAGGCUGGGCUGCGCACUGGGGACCGGCUGGUCAAGGUGAAUGGGGAAAGCAUCAUUGGGAAAACCUACUCGCAGGUCAUCGCGCUGAUCCAGAACAGUGACGAUGUGCUGGAGCUCUCCAUCAUGCCCAAGGACGAGGACAUCCUCCAGCUGGCGUAUUCGCAGGAUGCCUACCUGAAGGGCAACGAGCCGUACUCCGGCGGGGCACAGAGCAUCCCUGAGCCCCCUCCCAUCUGCUACCCGCGGAAGACGUACCCCUUCCAGGCGCGGGGCGCCGAGCCCACCCCGGGCCAGCCGCCGGACGCCCGUGCCCACCGCCCCGCCGCCACAGGCCCUUCGUCUCCGCUGGGCACAGCCAUGCUCGCCAGCACCCGGAGCGAGGCAGGCAGCAGUCCCGCGCACCGCCCUGACGAGCCGCAGCCCGGGGGUCCCCCGCCGCGCCCCACCGCUCCCCACGGGCACCCUGGCUCCUUCUCCCGCACCAGCUGCCCCAGCAAUGCCGCAUCCUCUCUGCCCGACCGCUACGGGGUCCCCCCCACCACUCCCUCCUGCUACGGGGUCCCCAAGCACCUCCCGGAGCACCGGACUCACUGCGGCUUCAAGGAGGGCGUCGGGGGGCUGGCGGGGGCCGGGCGGCCCCCCCGGGAGGCGGCGGGCAGCCAGCGGGCGCCCGGCCGACAGGAGUGCCAGCAGGCUCUGUCCCGCUGGUUUUGCAGCCAGGAGCCGCGGCGGAGCGCCUCGGAGGAGCGGCGGCACGCCAUGCCGCCCCGCUACCGCAGCGUGUCCCAGGACCGGCUGGGGGGCUCGGCGGCAGCCCACCGGGGCUGGCCCCACAGUGCCUCGCAUGACACCCUGCUGCAGCCCUCCCGCGAGGGCUGGGCGCCCCGCGCCCGCUCCGACCACUACCUGGGCAGGUAUGGGCGCUCCAUGGAGGCACUGGAGCCUGGCGCCCUGCUCUCCCCUCGCCUCGACCGCUCUGCGUGGCCACCCGAGAGGGUCUGCCGGGCCACCGUCACCGCUGCCGGGCAGCCCAUCCCGCACAGCUCCUUCGCGCCUUCUUCCUCCACCUCCUCCUCGCGGGAGCCGGCGCCCGUGCAGAAGCACCCAUCACAGCCCAACCUGCAGAGCGCGGAUGAUUCAGGCUACAUCGGCUACCGGAGCUACAGCCCGUCCUUCCAGCGCCGCACCGGGCUGCUGCACGCCCUCUCUUUCCGUGACCCGGCUUUCAGUGGCCUGCCCACCUUCAGCAUCUCACAGCGGCCGGCCGCCCCGCUCCCAGAGAGGGUGGUCCCCCCUGUCCCACCACCCACCGGUCCCCCGCCAGUCCCUGCCGCACCCAGAGAGCAGUGGCCGGAGAGCAGCCGGGUGCCCGAGCAGCCGGAGGAGCGGAGGGAAGAGGUGGUUUUGCGGCAGAAGCCGCCCACGGGCCGCAAGAUGCCAGCCCCGCUGCGGCAGAUGAACUUUGUGUUCCCCGAGGGGGUGAAGGAGACGGACAUUUGUGACCCCCCGCCGGCCGGCGGCAAAGGGGAGAGACUGGCAGCCGAGCGGCAAGGCCGGCGCGUGGCUCCCUUGGCGGCCCCCGAGGACUCGCUGGCGUCCAUCCCCUUCAUCGACGAACCCACCAGCCCCAGCAUCGACCUGAAGGCCAAGCACGUCCCCGCCUCCUCGGUGGUCUCCAGCGCCAUGAACUCCGCGCCCGCCGUCGCCACCAGCCCCUCUUCGCCCACCUUCGCCUUUGCCCUGAGCCGGCACUACUCCCAGGACUGCAGCAGCAUCAAGGCCGGCCGCCGCUCGUCCUACCUCCUGGCCAUCACCACCGAGCGCUCCAAGUCUUGCGACGAUGGUCUGAAUGCAUUUCGGGAUGAGGGGAAGAUCCUAAGGAGGAUGCCCAGCCGGGUCCCCAGCCUCCGCAUGCUGAGGAGCUUCUUCACCGAUGGGUCUCUGGACAGCCUUGGCACGUCCGAAGACGCCCGCUCCAAAAGACACUCAACCUCCGACCUCUCGGACGUCCCGUUCAGCGCCGUGAGGAAGGAGGGCUGGCUCCACUGCAAGCAGAUCCUCACCAAAAAGGGGAAGAAGGUCGGUGGAGGCAUCCGGCAGUGGAAGCGCGUCUUCGCCGUGCUGCGCACCCACUCGCUGUACCUGUGCAAGGACAGGCGGGAGGCGGUGACCUGCGCCCCGGCCCCAGGUGAGGAGGAGCCGCCGAUCAGCAUCCGAGCGUGCCUGGUGGACAUCUCCUACAGCGAGACCAAGAGGAAGCACGUCUUCCGGCUGACGACCGCUGACUUCUGUGAAUAUCUCUUUCAGGCAGAGGAUCGGGAAGACAUGCUGGCCUGGAUCAAAGUCAUCAGGGAGAACAGCAAGGCCGAGGGCGAGGACCCCGGUUUUGCCAGCCAAGCGCUUAUCAACAAGAAGUUAAACGACUACCGGAAAGUGAGCCCCGCGGGUGCCAAGCCCGAUUCCUCGCCCAAGGGCUCUCGCGGGCUGGGGAUCCGAGCCGAGUUCCUGAAGCAGACGGGAACCAGCGCGCCCCGGUCCCCCAGGCAGGAUGCGGCCGUCAUGAAAGAUGAGAGCGGCUCCCAAAAAGCCCCGUGGGGCAUCAACAUCAUGAAGAAGAACAAGAAAUCUGCCCCCCGGGCCUUCGGCGUGAGGCUGGAGGACUGCCAGCCUGCCCCGAACAACAAGAAUGUCCCCCUGAUCGUGGAAGCUUGCUGCAAGGUGGUGGAGGACCGAGGGCUGGAGUACAUGGGCAUCUACCGCGUGCCCGGGAACAACGCGGUGGUGUCCAGCCUGCAGGAGCAGCUCAACAAGGGAGCCACCGAGAUCAACCUGCAGGAUGAGCGGUGGCAGGAUCUGAAUGUCAUCAGCAGCCUGUUGAAAUCCUUCUUCCGAAAGCUGCCUGAGCCCCUCUUCACUGACGAUAAGUACAAUGACUUUAUCGAGGCCAACAGGAUAGAGGAUGCCAGCGAGAGGAUGAGGACGCUGCGGAAACUGAUUCGGGACCUGCCAGGUCACUACUACGAGACACUCAAGUUCCUGGUGGGCCACCUGAAGACCAUCGCUGACCACUCGGAAAAGAACAAGAUGGAGCCCCGAAACCUGGCCUUGGUGUUCGGCCCCACGCUGGUGCGGACGUCUGAGGACAACAUGACCGACAUGGUUACACAUAUGCCUGACCGUUACAAAAUCGUGGAGACCCUCAUCCAGCACUCGGACUGGUUCUUCAGUGACAAGGAGGACAAGGGCGAGAAGACCCCCGUGGAUGAGAAGGAAGCUCAGUCUGUGCCCAACAUUGAGUACCUGCUCCCCAACAUCGGCAGGACCGCAGCGCCUGGCGAUGCCGCAGGCUCAACCCGCAGCGGCUCCGCCAAACCAAAGGGCACGUGGCCGUCACAGAAGGCGCCGUCGCACCGGGAGCUCCUCGCCAUCCCCUUCGUCUCGGCUGCCGCCCGCAAGAGGAAGAAGAGAAGAGAGGCCGAGGGCAUUGGGAGCAGCACCGAUGAUGAUGCGGAGCGCAGGGACAUCCAUGGCUGGGAGCAGGAGGAUGAGGGGACCGUGGCUGCCGCGCUGGGACCCAGCAAAGCCCCCCGCAGCACUGGUGCCGAGCCGGCGGCCCCCAGCCCAGCCGGGAUGGAGCGGGAGAGCUCCUUGGAGCCUGAGGGUGCCGGGUCCGAGCCGGCGCCAGACGCCCGCUCCAUUGUGUCGGGUUACUCCACCCUGUCCACCAUGGACCGCAGCCUGUGCUCCGAGGUGCAGUCGGUGGCCGGGAGCCGCGGGGAGGAGGCGGAUGACGAGCGCAGCGAGCUCAGCCACAUGGAGACGGACACGGAGAGCCGGGAGGGCACCCGGCCCCGGCUGGGGCAGGCGGAUGGGGGGACCAGGGAUGAGGACAAGGGGCCCCCCGGCCGCCCCUCCUUCAACUCCCACCGCCUGAUCCAGUGUGACACACUGGCCCGCAGGAAGCUGGGGCGGCCCCGGCCAGCCGGCGAGACCCCGGUGCCCACCGGGGAGGACCAGGGCUGGGCCUCCCCCGGGCGGCCCUCGCUGCGGGAGCAGCUCCGGCAGCGCCUGCGAGCCUCGGCCGAUGACAUGGGGGUCCGCCUGCGCCGAGCCCACUCCCCCGAGACCCGCCGCAAGAAGAGCAGCUGGCGCCGGCACACCGUGGUGGUGCCUGGUGGCCUCAAGGACCUCAACUUCAACGAGUGGAAGGAGCCGCGGGGGCUGGAGAUGUCCCCGGGACCCUGCCGUGACAAGGACUCGGGGCUCAGCAGCCUGGAGUCCACCAAAGCCCGGCCCCCAGCACCCACCCUGGCACAGCCCGGCACUGCCAGCGAGGUGCCGGGCACAAAGAGCCCCCCGGGCAGCCCCGGCCCCCCGGCCCCCCUGCGCUUCCCCCAGUGUCUCUGACCUCCCGAGAUGCCCUCGCCGCGGCUUCCCCUCCCAGCCAGUGUUUAAUUUAAGGACUCGCCUUCGUUCUUGUAUUUAAUUGUGCUCUGGACAAGCUGCUGUUAUUUAACGAGUCUCCGUGGCCACCGCGCCACAGGUGGGACAAAGCCACCUUGUCCCCCUUGCUUUGGGGACCGGCAGGGUCGCGUGGUGGUCCCGUGCCGCAGCCUGGCCCCAUCCCAUGGUGCUCCGGCCCCCGGGCAGUGCCAGGAGGGUUGGAGGGGGGCUCAUGGGGUCUGUCCCCACCC